AUGGGUAUAGCAACAGCGUUUCGAGGAUUUAGUGAUACAAAAGUAGAGUUACCUCCUUCAGCGUCUUUUUUGCAAAAUGACAGCAGCGCCACUGUUGUUUUACUUGGGACCGUCCAUUUCAGUAAGCAGUCAGUGGAAGAUGUUUCCCAGAUAGUGAAAUCAAUUAAUCCAAAUGGAAUUAUGAUUGAGCUAUGUCGACAGAGAGUGUCGUUACUAGAACUGGAUGAUAAAAAGUUCUUAGAAGACGCAAAGAAAUUUGAUGCUAAAAAAUUGAGACAAGCAGUGAAAGGUCAAAAUUUUGUGUCGGGUAUGUUGCAUGCUAUGCUGCUAAAAACAUACGCUGAUCUCGCUAAAGAGUUGGGUGUAGCGCCUGGAGGAGAAUUCAGGAGAGCUUAUCAUGAGAUGAAAAAAAUUCCUGGCUGCAAACUAUUUCUUGGCGAUAGACCCAUUCAAAUAACGAUUGCAAGAGCUUUUCAGUCACUCAGUGUAAUAGAAUUGGGACAAGUUCUUUAUCAUUUAACUAAUGCUAAACCAAAACCAAUAGAUAAAUAUCAAUUAGAAAAAUACAAAAGCAAAGACUUUGUUCAAGCCCAAUUUGAAGAAAUAACGAGAGAGGUUCCGGCUUUUAAGAAAAUAUUUCACGUGUUUGUUGACGAACGUGAUAAAUGUCUCGCGUUUUCUUUGCAAGAAUGUGUACGUGCCGUCGAGAAACCUCGUGUCUUGGCAGUAGUAGGAAUGGGCCAUGUGGAUGGAAUUAUGAAAUAUUAUGGUAAAAUGAGACAAGAAGAUAUCGUGCCAUUACUAUUAAUACCUCCUACGCCCGUAUAUUGGGUUAUACUACACGCAACCAUGAAAUUCACUUUUUACUUUUUGAUAUUUUCUUUUAUUUAUCGAUUAAUUUUUGGCUAA